CCUCUUAUUUUGAAUAAACUUUAUUGGGCCCCCGGAGCAGCGGCCGCCGCGUCCCCCGGGGCUUCUCCGCGGACUUUUCGGUUGGUGUCACCCCCCCCCCCCCGAGAGGAGCGGGAGAGGGGCAGACCUUCCCUCCGCUUCCCGCUUUUCCCCUCACCGCUUCAGGGCGUCGGGGCGCCGAGGCCUUCGCCGCCGAGUAGGCCUCAGCCCCGGCCUCGCGUAGCGGCGCGCGGGGCCUCGAAGGGCCCAACUCCCCUUCCCGGCCUUCGGGGGACGCCCAGAGGAAGGGCGGGAUUGGGAGAGGAAGGGAGGGAGGGAGCGCCGAGGGACGGUGGCGGGGGGGGAAAGAGGACCGUCACCCCGUCCCUCAACUUUGGGUGAGCGUGGGGGUCGUCGUCGGUCCCGGGGGAGCGGGGGAAGGGGCGUCCCGUCGAGGGGCCCUUCCAGCAUAUAGGCCGCCGUCCGAGGAGGCGUCUCCCCCACAGCCCCCGAGGCUGAAUGCGGCCCCCGCGGCGGCCAGGGGCUCGGCCCCCUGAGGCGGGCGGACCCUCGCUGCCCUGAACGGCCGGACUUUUUCGGGCGGCCCGCCAAGGCCCCCGCCGCCCCCGCCCCCGAAGAUGGCCUCCGUCCCCGUCUAUUGUCUCUGCCGCCUGCCCUACGAUGUCACCCGCUUCAUGAUCGAGUGCGACGUCUGCCAGGACUGGUUCCACGGCAGUUGUGUUGGAGUGGAAGAGGAGAAGGCGGCUGACAUCGACCUCUACCACUGUCCCAAUUGUGAGAUCCUUCAUGGACCAUCUGUCAUGAAAAGGCGAAGAGGGGCUCAGAAGGUGCAAGACCUGUUGGUGAAUAAAGAAGUGGGGAAGACGAUCCAAACUGGGAGCCCCAUAUUCAUUCAGGAACUGCGGAGCAGAACAUUCCAUAGUGCAGAUGAGGUGAUCUUGAAGCCCACGGGGACCCAGCUGACUGUGGAGUACUUGGAGGAGAACAGCUUCAGUGUGCCCAUCCUUGUACUGAAGAAGGAUGGGCUGGGGAUGACCCUGCCUUCACCAACAUUCACCGUGAGAGAUGUGGAAUACUAUGUUGGUUCCGACAAAGAGAUCGACGUGAUUGACGUGACCCGACAAGCCGACUGUAAGAUGAAACUUGGGGAUUUUGUGAAGUAUUACUGCAGUGGAAAAAGGGAGAAAGUUCUCAAUGUCAUCAGCUUGGAGUUCUCCGAGACCAGACUCUCUAACCUAGUGGAGACCCCCAAGAUUGUGCGGAAGCUCUCCUGGGUGGAGAACCUGUGGCCGGAGGAGUCUGUGUUUGAAAGGCCCAACGUCCAGAAGUACUGCCUGAUGGGGGUGAGAGACAGCUACACCGAUUUCCACAUUGACUUCGGGGGAACCUCUGUCUGGUAUCACGUCCUCAAGGGCGAGAAGAUCUUCUACCUGGUCCGCCCUAGCAGUGCCAACCUGGCCCUGUUUGAAUGCUGGAGCAGCUCCUCCAACCAGAACGAGAUGUUUUUUGGAGACCAGGUGGACAAGUGCUACAAAUGUUCUGUGAAGCAGGGACAGACCCUCUUCAUCCCCACAGGCUGGAUCCACGCUGUCCUGACAUCCGUUGAUUGCCUUGCCUUUGGAGGAAACUUCCUCCACAGCCUCAACAUCGAAAUGCAGCUCAAGGCCUAUGAGAUUGAGAAGAGGCUGAGCACCGCUGACCUCUUUAAGUUCCCCAACUUUGAAACCAUCUGUUGGUACGUGGGGAAGCACAUCCUGGACAUCUUCCGAGGUUUACGGGAGAAUAGAAGACACCCUGCCUCUUACCUCGUCCAUGGAGCCAAAGCCUUGAACACGGCCUUCAGGUCUUGGACCAAGAAAGAAGCGCUCCCGGAGCAUGAAGAUGAGAUCCCCGAAACGGUGCGGACGGUACAGCUCAUCAAAGACUUGGCCAAGGAGAUCCGCCUAGUGGAAGAUAUCUUCCAUCAGAACAUAGGAAAGACUGGCAGCCCCUUUGGGCUGCAGAGAAGCACCCCAGCCACAACCACCAUGCCCCCAACUAAACCAACUUCCACACCUUCAGUGCCCACACCCAAACUGUCACCAGCCUCCAAAGGGGGAGCCAAGAAGAAAAGUCUAAAGCCCAAAGAAGCAACAAAGAAGGCAGAGCGCAGGGGAAAAGAGAGCUUGCCUACUGCAGUCAGAGAGCUGGACCUCGAUCUGCUAGACAAAUACACACAGCAAACACUGAAGAAGAUGAGCGGCUCCCAGAAAGGGAAGGUCAGUGUCCCCGCCUCCUUAACCGACACCGAGGAAGACUCACCGGACCCAAGCCCGAAAGAUGAGCUGGAUGAGAGCAAACUGAAGCUGGGGCUGUCCAAUGGCAAAUCUGCUGGUAGCAAGAAGGUCAAGGCCUCUACCAGGUCCCGUAGUUCCAAAGCCACAGCGAGGAAAGCCGCCAAGGCCAAGCUUCAUCCGGAACUUGUGAUCAAGGAAGAGUUUGACCUGGAUUCUGAGGAGGAUCUGCAGAUUGAUGAAACCCCACGCAAGGAGAAAAAGAUCCUAGCACCCCGGAAAAAGUUACCAAAAUUUCCCCGGAAGUUGCCCCGGGCCAAGCCCUGCUCUGAUCCCAACCGAGUGCGUGAGCCAGGAGAGGUGGAGUUUGACAUCGAGGAAGAUUACACGACGGAUGAGGAAAUGGUGGAAGGGGCCAAGGACAAGCUGGGGGUCAGCAGUGGGGCGGGCGGGAUUCUUGACCUUCUCAAGGCCAGCAGACAGGUGGGGGGACCAGACUACGCGACCCUGAAUGAAGCCCCUGCCUCGCCCAGCACCCAGGAAGCCAUCCAGGGGAUGUUGUGCAUGGCCAACCUGCAGUCCUCCUCAUCCUCCCCUGCCACCUCCAGUCUCCAGGCUUGGUGGGCCGCGGGCCAGGAACGGAGCAGUGGGGGCUCUGUUAGCAGUAAAGGUGGAGGAGCCAGCGGGCCGGCCAGUCAGAGGUCUCCAGGGAAGCGACCGGCGAAGCGGCCUGCCCACCACAGCACAGAGAGUGAGGAGGAGGCCAGCAUGGAUGAACAGGAGAGCCUGGGGACCUGCUUCAAAGAUGCAGAGUACAUAUACCCAUCCCUGGAGUCAGACGAAGAUGACCCCGCUUUGAAAUCUCGACCAAAGAAAAAGAAGAACACGGACGAUGCACCAUGGAGUCCUAAAGCCCGUGUGACCCCAACCCUCCCGAAACAGGACCGCCCUGUGAGAGAGGGAACCCGCGUGGCCUCCAUAGAGACGGGGCUAGCUGCAGCAGCAGCCAAACUGGCUCAACAGGAGCAUCAGAAGAUACAGAAACGGAAAUAUUUCAAGAAGAAAUCAUCCCCGAAAGAUGUGGAGCCCGCGCCUUCCUCACAGGACAGCGAGCCCAGUGAGCCCAGUGUGCCAGUGCCUCCCAGCCCCCCACCUCCCGCUGAGCCAAAGCAGGAGCCCUUUGCCGGCAGCCUGGCCGAUCACGAGUACACAGCGCGGCCCAGUGUCUUCGGGAUGGCCCAGAUGAACCGGGGCACCACACCCAUGGCCCCCGGCGUCUUCUUGUCCCAGCGGCGCCCUUCCGCCGGCUCCCAGGGCUGUCAGUCGGCACAAGGAAAACGGCCCAAGAAAGGCUUGGCCACCGCAAAGCAGCGGUUGGGGCGGAUCCUGAAAAUCCACAGAAAUGGCAAACUCCUGCUGUGAGCUCAUCUUCCCCAUCCCUGCCCCUCCCCGCACCCCGCUUGGUCUCCCCACCAGCUUCUGAGACAAUAUUCUUUAUCUGGGGUGGUUGUUUUUUGGGAGACUACCAAGGGGCCUCCUCAGUUCCAGUUCACUCCCCCUCUGCAGGACAGACUAGGGCUUCGGUGCUCCCUCCUGCGUGGGGAUUUCAGUUUGGAGCAGUGUUAGAAGUGACCUCCUAAAGUCCGGGCAGCUGGGGCCGAAGCAGACUGUGCCGGACAGGUGUGGCACCUGGUCUGUGCUUUCCCAGAGCAGCCAGCCGGCUGGCAUCCAGCAAUACGACUCCCUCAAGAUAAAGGGGAGCAGAGCUCCAGCCUCCCCUGAAACCUCCUCGUCACCCGUUGCGGCAGUGGAGAUGCCCAGGCCCCAGGCGUCUCCCUGUCGUCCCUUCGGACUCCGGUUGGGAGAUGGAAAGCCCCAAGAAGCGGUCGGAGCGAGCAGCUAAAACUAUUCAGGGAGUUCGUCAGUUAUUCACUGUCGGUUUACAGGGAAGCAGUAACAGAGGGUUUCUUGUGUUCAGUCCUUACUCCUUUUCCUCCCACCCCACCUUGUUUUCCAGCAGCAGAGCGAUAUCAGGGGAGGGUGUGGUGACAUUGCAGACAGCUUGGCUUGUUGAAGGGACAGGCCCUGUUCGCUCCCGAAAAGAGAGGUACGGCGAGAUCAGACUCGGCGUUGGUAGUCCCGACCAGAACCAGUGACAAAAGGCUCUGAGGGGAAUUAGGAUCUGGAGCGGCGUCUCUUAACCAGAUGCCAGGCAUUAGCUACACCCCGAGCCCUUCGUUCGCUGGGUGUGUACGUGCAUCGCAGCUACAGAGGCCUUCCUAGGUCCAUCCCCUAUGACGGAAGCUGCAGGCACUUGUAAUUCCUGCCUCCCUGGCCUUUGCCGUAUUUAGGAUUGUAGAAGCUGGUGGCUUUUGCCAAAUUAAUCUGGGAAGUGAGAUCGGGUUCUGGCAUACUUUCCUCCCAGUCCUUGGGCUUUCUCUAGCAGGACGAGGGGAACGGAGAGGGCCAGGCCAUAACCGCAAGUUGGGGUGGAAGACGAAUAACCAUCUAGAGCUUUAGCCGAAGACGUUGCUGCCUUGCCUGGCUCUUUCCGGGCUCAGUUUCUGGAGGGACCAGGCGGUUAGCUGUAAAUAAGGGACGGCCAUUCUAGAAGUACUAAUAGCACAGUUCUUCCCGAUCCCUUCCAAUCCUCCCACCCCAUUCCUGGCUCUGGGUUUGUCCUGGGGGGGUACGAUGACUCUGAUAUCCUGGUGAAGACCUUCCCGAAAAGGCCUGUGGAAACUCUUGCUCCAGGAGGCGAGGAACACUCUCCCAAGCAAACACAGAACCAUCCAAAACGGGAAACUGCAGCAGUACCUCCACACUUGAACCUUUAUCCACCCUGAACCCUCACCUCUGUCUCUCGAUCACCCAAGAGUUCCGAGAGGGUCAGAAAAGACAUUUUCUAAGGACGAAGGGCCGUCAAGCUGAAUAUUUCGGCAGCAUCGGGUCUUUGGGUGUCAGCUCCAGCAGAACGGGUCUGUCAAUUGCUGCUCACUUAGACUUUUCCCUUUAGGGAAAGGUGGGUGUUAGUGUGGGGGGAAAAAAACCUACUCUCUAACUCUGAAGGAAAUGAGGCCAAUGAAGGGAUUAUCAAAGCCGCAUCUGGAAGAGGCCCCUCUCCUAAUCUGCUGACCAGAUAAGAGGAGACCAAAAGGCAAGUUCUGGGCUCAGCAACCUCCCUUCACUGCCCUCUUUCCUUGUUGCUGCCUUCCUAGAUCCUUCUUCACUAAAUGGGAGAUUCUGGACGCUAGAAUGGAGAAGGGCUCCUUUCUCCUUGGCUCUAAGCUGUUUGACUGAAUUGCCCGUAUCGCUAUCACAGUGACUUUAGGGGCAUCUUGGUGUUUUCUAGCACAGGGUUUAAAAUCAGAGGAGGAGAGGCCUGAGUUUCACCCUGAUCUGACUGGCAAGUGGCAAGUCCUACUCCUCGAAGUGAACUGCUCCAUGGAGUCCUGUCUCUACAGUUUCAGGAGAGCAGUUCAUGAAUGUAGUGCUGUGUGUGGAAGGGGAAAAAUGUCCAGGAAAAGGUCCCAAAUGGGCUUACUGAUCCUUUACCUUUACCUCUUCUCCCUAAAAUGGGACCAGUGCUUAGGUAGGGGGAGCACAUAGGGUCUCUGCUCCCUAUAGGUUUGUUCUUCGCUCCCACAUCAUUGGUUUCAUUGUUUGGCUUUUUCCCUGGCCUCUCCAGUGACAGAUUUUUGUUCCUUCCCACCUCCAUCCCCUUCCCCUUUAGGGAACCGUAGCCACAGCUGUGGUACUCUGGCGGGACAGAGCUGGCCCUGGCCUCUUGAGUUCCGGAAAGGCUCAUCCCUCCCGCCUACCCAAAUUUUCAAUUGGCUUCCUUCUCCUUGGGAGAGGCCUUCUGUCCAGUGACUGUCCAGUGAUCCAAGCAAGGAGCUAUGUUCCUCCCAAAUGUUUUUCCCAUCCCGCCCCUCCUUCACGUGUUUGGUGAAGGGGCUCUGAGUGAUUCGGGCUUUGGUCCCCUUAGGUCCUGGUUUAUAGUUUUUAUCGGUAGUCGAGGGAGAGAACCGACGUCCAGACUCAGCAAAACUAAGUUUCCAACUACCGUACGCGUUUCUCCUGAAGCCUUUUUGAACAGUGAUUUCUGUUGUUAACAGGCCCAAGGCUCUUCUAAUCGUCCUUCCCCAUCACCUCAUCUUGCUUUUCCAAAGGCAGCUAAUUGUUAGCAGAACCCCGCCUGGUUUGGGGGGCUGUCUCUCUGGCCCCAUUUCUCUUUGAAGUAAGGGUUCAGGGAACCAAAACCCAACAUUAAUCGGACUGUUUUGUUUAUUUUCCCUCCUCUGGUUUUGUGUCGUUUUUAAUGAAGGAAAGAAUUUCACCCUCAGAGCCUUUGAGCUUCUUGAAGAGGCUUGUGUGGAUUUGACUUUUCAGGUUAUUAAUGUUUUAGGAAAGCUGGGAGGGAGGAAAGGGCAUUGGUUCAGAGCAAAGUGAGGAAUGCGUCUGUUCUCUGUUGCCCCAGGGAUGGGGAAGCGGGUUGAGGGUGGGCUCGGAAGAAAGGAUUUCUACUCAUCUGUAAUAUAUUUUUACAAAAACAAACUUUAAAAACAAAAACCCACCAUGCUUCUGUACAUGUUUAAAUAUAUUUUUAGAAGUGGGUAGAAUUGUGUAUUUCCAAUGCAGAGACUUUUUAUAUGCAGGUUAAGAGUGACACCAGACUUCUCUGUGGUUGGUUUUUGGGUUUUUUCUGUUUUUUUUCUAUUUUGUGUUACUAAUGUAAUUUAUAUUUUUUUUAGAUCCUCCCUUUCCUAGAAAGAUAAAGUGAUAUAUUGUUGGAA